AUGAAUGUGCUCGUGGUAGGCGCCUCGGGACUUUGCGGGUCCUUCUUCCUCAAGUACGCCCUCGAGUCGACCAAAGUGGCCAAAGUGUACACCCUCACAAGGUCGCCCUCCCCGCCUGCCGCCCCACAGAGCGAGAAGCUCGUCGCACUGGUAGAACCAGACGGUAAACUGUGGGGGCACGCCGUGAGGGGCAUCCCGGGGGACCUCGACGUGCUUCUCAGUGCGCUCGGAACAACAAGGGCCGCAGCGGGGGCCGAGGGCCAGUACGCCGUGGACCACGACUUGUGUGUCGCGGUCGCCCGCGCGGCUCGCAACGACAAGAACUGCAAGUCGGUCGCGUUGGUCUCCUCAGCGGGGGCACACACGGACUCGCGCUUCUUCUACACGCGGAUGAAGGGCGACACAGAGAGGGAUAUCGCCGCGCUCGCGUUCCCGCACGCGGUGUUCCUCCGCCCGGGGAUCCUCCUGGGACAAAGAACCACUAAACACACCGGGUUCGGAAACGUGCUGGCUACAAAAGUCGGGCAGUGGCUGUACCGGUCCAAGUGCCAGUCCCUCAUUUGGUACCCUGUCAAGGGGAGCGAGGUCGCACAGGUAGGGUUGCAACUGGCGCUGGACACGGAGGGGACAAAACCUCGUGUCGAUAUCGUUGCUAGUAACGAGAUUUUAAACUUGGCCAAACAAUAA